AUGGACCUGGGGCACGACGCGAGCCCGCCGGGGCCCGCCUCGGGCGCGGCGGCGGCGAAACGCUCCCGCGUCCCCCUGUCAUGUGGCCCGUGCCGAGCCUCCAAGCUGGGGUGCGACCGCGCGGCGCCGUGCGGCCAGUGCCUGAAGAAGUCCCGGCCCGAGAGCUGCGUCUACGCGCCCAAGCCCGAGAAGAAGAAGCCGCCCAAGGGCAUGGCGGCGCGGCUGAGGCAGCUCGAGAGCAUGGUGCGGACGAUGAUGGACGACGGCGUCGCCUCCGCCCCCUCCCGAACCUCCCCCUCCCCCUCUGUCGCCGCCGGCGCCCCGGCAGAGGAGGUCGGCGUCGCCCAGCCGGGCGGGCAGCUAGUCCGCGGGGAGAGGGCGAGCACGUACGUCGGCGCCACACACUUCAUGGCGGUCCUCGAGGAUAUCGAGGACAUCAAGAGCUAUUUGGAAGAGGCCGAGCUCGACGACGACGAGAGCCCAGGGCCCUCGGGCGAGCUCGAGACGCCGGACCUGAUCUUCUCCUCCUCGGGAAACGCGCCUCGCAGCCGCGAGGACCUGAUGCGGCUGAUCCCCGACCGGAAGAUCGUCGACCGGCUCGUCAUGCGGUACUUUUCAUCGCAGAGCCCUUCGCAACACAUCGUCCACAGACCAACGUUUGUAAAGCAAUACGCCCGGUUCUGGGCCGACCCUCCCGGUGCCCCCAUCCACUGGAUCGCUCUCCUCUUCAUGAUCAUGUCCAUCGGUUUCUUCUACUCCACAGUCACGGCGCCCCACGAAUUCGUCUCCGACUCCCCGGAACUGCCGAUGGACCGCAUCAAGGUCUUCCGUGCGGCGGCGGCGUGGUGUCUCGUCUGGGGCCGCUACACCCAGCCGUCCAUCGCUACGAUCCCGCCCUUUAUCCUCUACGUCGAGUCCGAGUUCGCCACCGCCCGCGCCGCCCAAACCAACUGCUACGUUCUGUCGUCCGUGUGCCUGCGGCUGCUCCUGAAGAUGGGGAUGCACCGCGACCCGGACCGGCUUGCCGGCAUCUCCCCCUUCGAGGGCGAGAUGCGCCGCCGCAUGUGGAACAUGGCCGUGCAGCUCGACCUCCUCGUCAGCUUCCACAUGGGCCUGCCGAGCAUGUUCAGCGGCAUCGACAGCGAUUGCAAGCUCCCGCGAAACCUCGUCGACGAGGACUUUGCCGAGGACUCGGCCGUCCUCCCGCCCCCGCGCCCGCCCACGGACUACACCGAGAUGACGUACCCGAUCAACAAGUCGUGCGUGAUGCGCGUAUUCGGCCAGAUCGCGCGGCAGGCGCACCUCCUCGCGCCGCCUCCUUACAGUGAGGUCAUGCGCCUCGACGGCCUCCUCGGAGAGGCCUGGGCCAGCGUGCCGCAGUUCAUGAGGGUCCAGCCUCUAGAGCAGUGCGUCACGACGCCGGCGGUGCAGAUCAUCCAGCGCUUCGGCCUCGCCGCGCUUUACAACAAAUCCCGGUGCGUGCUGCACCGGCGAUUCCUCCUGGAGCCCCUGCCGCGGCGGGAGCACGACCACUCGCGGCGGCAGUGCCUCGAGGGCGCCAUCGCGCUACUCGACUUCCAGAACACCAUCUGGCAGGCCUCCCGUCCGGGCCACAUGCUCAGCCAGCACGGGUGGUAUGUGUCCUCGCUCGCCGUCCACGAUUUCCUUCUGGCCGCCAUUAUCCUCUACCUGGCCGUGGGCAACCGGCAGUUCUGGGACGGCGGCGUCGAGCACGACUGGAUGGCCGCGAUGAGCCCGCCGCCGACGAGGGAGCGCCUCCUGCACCUGCUGCAGCGGUCGUACUCUGUGUGGGCCAGCAUCGCCACAGACGUGCCCGAGUUGCGCAAGACGGCGGGCAUAUUGGAGACGAUGCUGGGCAAGCUCGGAUCGCCGCCGAAAUCACCGCCAAAGGACGAGGCCGGCCAGGCUCUGUCGGUUACAGGGCUGGGCGAGGGCGGUGGUGGUUUGGUCUCGGAGAGCAGUUCUAGCCAGGAGUAUCUUCUCCCCGGCAGCCUUUCCAUUGACAGUCCGACUGCGUUCUCCUUGGAUACGGCGAGCAACUUCCAGCCGUUUGACUUCAUGAAGUCUGGACUCGGACCAAACGACUCUGGUCUUGAUCGUGGUUGGGUUGCAGUUGCAGUUGGAAACGAAAUGGACUGGCGCUACUUUGACAACAUCAUCGCUCAGCCCAACAAUGACCCCCUCGGGUCCUUCGGGCCUCUUGACACGGACCAGCAGUGGUUUGACCGAGCGCCGGCGCCGGGCGACUUUGAGUUCCCGGGGUCAGGGGCUUAG